AUGGUGCCUUCAGCAGGGACACUCGCAGCCUCCGACCUCUCAGACCGAGUGAGCCCCGCCAAGCCGUUGGGCGCGUGCCUGCAGCUCCGCGCUCAAACCGCUCAGACCGCGCUGAGGGAGCCCCGCGAGGCCGUUAGGCGGGCGCCUGCAGCUCAGCCCUCCGACCUCUCAGACCGCGUGAGCCCCGCGGAGCCAUUAGGCGGACGCCUGCAGCUCAGCGCCCGCGGAGACUCCGGAAGCCGCUCCCAAGCCCGCCUGGCCGGAAGGGGGCGGCUGCAGCUCGAGCGCAGGCGCAGCUGCCUUGCGGGUUCUCCUAGGCUCUCGCGGGACGUCCGGGAAUCGCAGGCGCGAAGCCCGUCCGGCCUGAGGGUCCGCGUGGCCGUGAUUCCUGCCCGGCUCCUUCUCCGAAGAGAGAUCCGGGCCGCUGACAGGAGCCCUCCGCAGCCACCAGGGAUGGGGUUGGGAUCCGGUUCCUGCCCUGGUGCAGCCGCCGCCGGCAAACUGCCUGACUUGGCAGCAGACAAGGCGACUUCUAGCCCCGGUUCUGCGAGGCUGGGAGCGCCAACCAGCUUGAGAGCUGCCAGUCAGCUGUUGUCAGCAGGACAGCGGGCUGGGAAGCCAGGGGCCGCCGGGACCUGGGGCUGGAAGCCGCAUCUGCCCACAGCCACAGCCUCCCGCACCUGUCAUCCUGGCGGCGCCCUGGCGUUGGAGAAGCAGCAGGCGCGGAGCUCCUGCAGCUGCACCCCUGCAGCAACCCGUCCCGGCGCAGGAGGCAGUUGGAAGGCCGCCUCCUCGCACGGCUCCUGCGGCCCCAGGACCAGGGGUGCGGCCAGCAUCGCCCUCACGCCCCGCGUCUGGUCGACAUUGUCCACCCUGGAGGCGGCUGGACUUGAGCGAGGCUCGCAGCGAUGGCCCCGCGAAGACUGGCAUGCAGGGCUCAGGGUCCCGCACGCUGGCCCUGCCGCACCGCACCUUUCAGCAGCAGCUGGAAUUCCUGCAGCAGCGCCUCGGGUGGGAUGCUGGGACCCGGGGGUCCUGGCAGGCAGAACUUCAGCUUCUUGUCUUGGCCCCUGCUCCCCUUCUUGUUGUUAAACCUUUGUCACUCUGCCACGAAAAGCAUCCAGGCGUCCUUGAUUUCGACACUGCGUGCACGCUCAGCCGAGCUCAUCUGACGGGCGAUUCUCCCCAGGGCCCGGGGGCAGCUUGUUCCCUGGCAGCGGCUCCUCCUGGACGCAGCUCCUUGUGGGCCCACCAGGCUCAGGGGAACCAAGGCCUGCCGCGGCCAGCAGGCCUGGAGAGAGGAAGAAUAAGGCGGGCUCUGCAGGGCAGCGGGCCGGGACCAUGAGAGAGGCGGAUCAGUCUGGGCUCCAAGCGCAGCCUCUCGGAAUUCCCCGGGACCCACGGCUUGUAAUGCGCUUAAAUCUCACGCCUGGCCAGAGAGACAGCACGUCAUCAUCACCGCUCAGCGCUCCUGACCCGCUCCCACUCUCGCUGCAGCGGAGGGUGUGUGGGGGAGAGACGGCCGCAGGGAGGGAAAAGCCCUGGGAAGGCGAACAUCUUUUCAUGAGCUUUUCCCCUUCUAUAUGCCAUCUCUGAUGGGAGCCUUUUUAGAUCUUUUGUCCAUUUACUAAUCGGUUUGUUUGAUUUCUUAUUGUUGAGUUGUAAAUGGUUUUUAAUGGUCUGGAUGCCAGACAGGUGUUUGGCAAAUAUUUUCUCCCUGUCUGUGGCUUGUUUCUCCAUUCUCUUAAUAUUUCCUUUCCCAGAGCAAAGUUUUUAAUUGUAACCAAGUCAUAUCAAUAUAUCUUCUUUCUUUUUUUCUUUUCCAAUAUCUUCUUUCAUGGUAGAAAUUUGUCUUUUAUGUACUUUAGUGAUGUAUCUACAAAGUAAUUGCCAAACCCAAAGUUACCUAAAUAUCUAUUCCUUUUGUUGUUUUACAGACGUUUUACAGCGUUUGGAUUUAAAUUUAGGUCUAAAAAUUGAACUCAUAAAAGUAGGAGUAGAAUGAUGAUUACCGGAGGCUGUGUUGCUGGAGAGAAAAUGGGAAGUUGUUCACAGGUGCAAAGAUUCAGUUAAGCAGGAGAAAUGCAUUUUGAAAUCUAUUGCACAGCAGUAUGACUAUAGUCAAUAAUAAUGUACUGUAUAUUUCAAAAUAACAAAAAGUAAAUUUCAAAUGUCUAACCACAAAAAAUAAAAUUGAGGUGAUGGAUAUUUUAUCCUCAAUGUAGUCAUUCCUUGUUUUAUACACAUAUCCAAGCAUCACAUUGUAGUCCAUAAAUGUAUGCAAUUAUGGUUUGACAAUUUUAAAUAUUAUUAACUUAAACAUGUGUCCUUUGAGUUAAUUUUUGAGGAGCAAGGUCUGUAUCUCAAUUCUUUUUUUUUUUUUUUGCAUAUACAUAUAUACAUACAUGCAAUGGAUUCAUCACUGUUUUUGAAAAAGCUACCCUUUCUCCUUUGAACUGCCUUUAACUUUUUGUAAAAGAUCAAUUGACUGUGUUUGUGGGCUCUUAUUUCUGAGUUCUCUAUUCUGUUCCAUUGAUCACUUUGCAAGUCCUUGAACUUUGUUCCUCCCCUACAAUAUUGUUGGCUAUAUUGGUUAGUUUGUUUUUCUAUAUAAACUUUAGAAUUGGUUUGUCAAUUUCCACACAAUAAUUUGUUCAUGUUUUCACCAGAGUUGUAUUGAAUUUAUAAAUCGCAUUGAAGAGAACUGACAUCUUAACAACACUGAGUCUUAUUUUGUGAACACAAUAUCUCUUCAUUUAUUUAGAUCUUUAAUUCCUUUCAACAGAUUUUAUAGUUUUCCUCACACAGAGCCUGCCCAUAUUUUGCUAGAUUGUGUCUGUUUCAUUUUCUUGAUGCUAAUGAAAAUGGUAUUGGGCUUUUAAUUUCAAAUUCUCGUCGUUCAUUGCUGGAUGUAGGACAGCAAUUGAUUUUGUAUAUUAACCUUAUACUGUGCAACCUUGCUAUAAUCCAGAAGGGGUUUUGGCUGAUACUUUGAGAUUUUCUACAUAGAAAAUCAAUU